AAAACCCCAAUUCUUCAUUUCUUGCAAACACCUUAUAUAUAUAUAUAUUGUAAUAACAACUUUUUGUUUUCUAUUAUUACUAAUAUUUGUUAAAUUCGAUGAAAAUGUCCCGAAGAAGAUCACCACGAUCGUCAUCGUCGUCGUCGUCGUCGUCAGUUUCAAGAAUCACAGAAGAUGAGAUCGACGAUCUCAUCCUCAAGCUACAACAUCUUCUCCCUCGUCAUUCCAACUCGACAUCGUGCAAUACAAGGCAGCAGAAGAAGGUUUCAGCAUCAAAGAUAGUGAAGGAGACAUGCAAAUACCUGAAGAAGCUUCACAAAGAAGUCGACGAUCUUAGUGAGAGAGUGGGAGAGCUGUUGUCUUCUGGAGCUAUGGAAGCCAUUGAAUUUGAUGCUGAAGCAAUUAGGGCUUUUCUACUGUACCAACAUUAGUUAAUACAUUAGAAAUUAAAUUAAAUUAAACUUCAUAUAUAUAUAUAUAUAUAUAUCGAUCACCUGAGACUUAUUACUUAAUUGAUGAACUGAUUUGAUUUGAUUUGGUCUGUUCAUUCGAUUGGGCCUGUCUGUCCU